GGUCCAUCUGCCAGGAAGUCUGCCAACCUACUCUAGUCUUGCCUUGGUACCCCUCUCCAGAUUGGUAUUUUGUUCGAGACUGGCGAGGAAGAUACGGCAGAGCAAAUGAUCGCAGAUAUGGACCUUCAGAGUGAUCCAUCCUUGGGAGUGAAAUUGGGAGCAGACCUCCUUUGUGUUGCAGGGAAAAUAUUGACGAUGUAUGCGGAGAAUCUUUCGUCAGAUACCAGAUCUACAGCAGCCGAUGCAAGUGGCGAGUCUUGUAGAACAUCUGGCACCGCUGUUGAUGGUGCUCCGUCAGAAGCAGCACCUGAAGAUGCCACAAGGGCGAGAGAGGAGGGUAAACACGCAACAACCGCAGCGGUAUCUUCAGAGGUCAGUUGUCCGCAGGCAGGCAAUCAGAGAGCAGAAGGGAUUCAAGGGCAAGGCAGGAAAGGGUCAUGGACGAGUGUGUCGUCGUGGUGGAGGGGUUCCCGCGCCAAAAAGGGCAGUUCUUCUAAGCAAAACGCGCAAGGUGAAGGGGGUGCAGCCGCCGCAAAGGCUGAAGGAGGAUCGGACGGUUCCUGGGUCUCUGGAAAUCAACAGUCUGAAUUGCAGGCCCAACUGAAGGUUCUCAAUAGGCUUAACCUUAGUACCAUUGCAGGUGCUACGGAGAACCUCAUCUUCCGAACCGGUGGCAUCGACAUCGACCAAUCGCACGACUCUGAUGCUGGCUACGCGCAAGCUGGCCACUGGGCGCAAGCGUGGGAUGAAGAAAGUAGACCACUGGGCAGGAGCAGACAAACUUCUGCUGGCCGCGACCGCAGUCCGACUGGAACAGGAAGGCAAGGAAACCAGCGAGAAGUGAAAAUUGAAAAGAGGCAGCUGCCAUCGCUGAAGGUCGUAUGCAGGCUCCUUUUACUGUCAGCGAGAUUGUGUGAAGGGGUUGGUGGCAGUCAAGCAAGGGAAAUCUACCAGCAGGCGCAAGCGAUGAUGGUGGUGAUGGACAAUGUACAGCAACGGGUGGACGAGGGUGCUGAGCGACGGCACGGAGACAAAACUCCUGCCACAAGCUUAGGUCUUGUGAGGAGGAGAGUGAGAGAGAAGUCCGCACUUGGUGGGCAAAGGGAGGUCAGGUGAGUGAGCAGACGACUAGCAGAGAAAUCGCUUGGAAAAACGAGAAGCUCAUCGUCAAGGGAGACAUAAAUGAUGCACUGGAGCAUAGGAGGCGAUUCAUCAGUCCUUCAUACUCGUUAUUGACGUUUGUUCUCUUAGGUUGUCCUCCCAUUCAUCAGUCUUCUAUUUGCUUUCCCCUUCAGUGCAUAUAUUUCUUAAUAAAGUUAUUUGCUUUGCCCUCCAAGCGUCCAAGGUGAUGUAUUGGGUGUAGGGAUAUCGGACAUCUGCCACUGUCUUACGUGUGCUUCGCCGUUGAAAUGGACAGGGCUCAACAGUGCAUCUUGUCAAUUCGAAAGAUGACAUGUAUGAAACACACCACAAGUCCUCUGGAGAUAUUUCCCGGGGCUAUUUCGUUGUGCGGCUUGCGCCCUGCUGGGGCAGGGACAAGCAAGCGUUGUACAGUUGGUGAAACAGGAUUGGUGCAGAGUGGACAAUCUGAGACCUGGUAGCGUGGCAUGCCAUCAAUUGUAAUGGAAAGACAACAAAAUGGAGCUCGUUGU